GUAGUGCGAGACAAACUCCAACAAAUGAGCGAUAGAUGUUAUAAGUGAGACCAGAACCAACGCGAUAAGAUGAGAUAUAUGUUGUUUGAAUGUUCGGAUAGUUCUAGUCAUUAAUAACGAGCCUGAGUAUGGACCUGAGCGGAACCGGAGGCUCCUACACGGACAACCUCAUCGGGACUUUACUUGCUAUUUUUGGAAAUCUGCUUGUGAGCAUCUCCUUAAGCAUUCAGAAAUACAGUCAUGUGACGUUAGCGGGGACAAAGGACCAGCGUGCCUUCUACCGCACUAAAACCUGGUGGUCUGGUUUCGUGUUCACCUGCCUCGGGGAGGCAGCCAACUUUGUCUCCUACGCUUUUGCCCCUCUGGCUCUUGUAGCGCCGCUCAAUGCGGUGUCUGUCCUGACGAGCUCGAUCUUGGGCUUUAUUUUCCUGCGUGAGAAGUCUAAACCAAAGGAAUUUGCAAAGAACUACGGGCUGACCUUCCUGGGCUACAUCCUCACCAUAGGAGGAACUUAUCUCUUUGUGUCAUUUGGACCAAACACUCAUGAAAAGCUCCAGGCGGAGAACAUUGUGAAGCACCUGGUGGGAUGGCCUGUGCUCUUGUAUCUGCUCCUGGAGAUCAUCACGUUCUGCCUGCUUUUGUACUUCUACAAACAGCGCGGCGCUAACUACCUCGUUAUAAUUCUGAUGCUGGUCGCUUUGCUGGGCUCGGUCACCGUCAUCACGGUGAAGGCGGUGUCAGGAAUGUUGGUUCUUAGCGUCGAGGGCAACAUGCAGCUCGACUACCCCAUCUUCAGCGUCAUGUUGGUGUGCAUGGUGGCGUCGGUGGUCUUCCAGGCCAGAUUCCUCUCCCAGGCGUGUAAGCUGCACGACUCCUCCCUGAUCGCCAGCGUCAACUACAUCCUCUCCACCUUCUUCGCCGUGGUAGCUGGAGCCGUGUUUUACUUGGAGUUCAACAACGAAGACGUGCUUCACAUCUGCAUGUUCGUGUUGGGAACUGUAUUCUGCUUCCUCGGCGUCUUUCUCAUCACCAAGAGCAGGAAACGGACCAAGACCUUUGAGCCCUACGUCACCAUGGACAUGACCAACGGAGUCCCCAUCAUUCAUGACAAGGGCCUGGUUGUUCAGCCAGACUUCAACGGCUCUUUCUCCUACGGUGCUCUUGUCAACAACGAUGGAGCGGCUCCUGCUGCUCUACCAGUCAGCCUGGAGCAGACGCCGGGCGGCUCUGAAGCGUCCCGGGACCAGCCUGACCUGAAGAAAGAUCUAAAGAAAGAUUGAAAGAGCCCCGUCUGUACUCUGUUCAGCUACAGACAGCAUUCAAGGACCUUGAAAGGCCGAGAUGGGAUCUUGUGCUCUGUUCUCAGAAAACACCGACUGACCUCCUGACCGCUGGGUGGUUUGAUGUUCUCCUACCACCUGGUAUUCCUCUGCUCAUGCUCUCCUCUUUGAAAUCUCUGAACCAAAGCUCUAAUAAUUCCAGGAACAAACGGACGGAGCUCGAGGCUGUCGACUGUUAUUGUGGAUUCACAAAUGUGGCUUCAGAAGUGUUGAAAGCAGAGACGGUGCUGCAGCUUGAAGCUUCCUGCCUUAUACAUCCGCCAGCUCUGACCUCCACAAACACUCAGCAACUUCUCCUCCAUUCACUCAGAAAUGGGACUAUAGCGCUAUCUGUUCUUCCACUGAGGAUGUGUGCUGAAGCUGCUCCUCAGAUCAGGGUUGUUAUGAACCAAUGGAGCUCCAGAGGUUCUCGCCAAGGAACUCGUUGACUUCAAACAUCUGCCUCUGAACAGUUCUCACUCAGUUCUCUCCCUCUGGUUCUGGGCUUUCAUUCAACGACUACCUGUUUUUAAUUUAUUGUACCAUAUUUAUUGUUGUUCUCUUGUAAUCUGAUUUUAGCGUGCCUUGUGUGGCCGUCACACCGGACAGGUGACCGUCAGGCAUCACACGAGCAGGGCAGUGACGAGCUCCUGCAGCAGGUCAGGUAUUAAAGCUCUGUGCCCGUCUGCAUAAAACUAAAACUACGAAUCAUGUUUAAAGGGAUGAUACCAUAGAGCAAAACAAAUAGAAGGGAAAUGAGCAAGCAGGAUGUUUAAAUCACCGACGGGCUGCACUGGUUUCAUGUAAAGCUGUUUUACAUUCUGCUUUGUGCUUUUUGGCUUCAAGAAGUUCAAUGUUUUUCAUUUAGAUUUCACUUUAACUUGAUGCCAUGAGGUCUCUGACGGCAAACUAAUGAACGUAUGUAGAUAAUUUUCCUCGGUUUAACAGGUUUCUUUCUCGUACAGUAUAUUUCCAAUGUCAUCAUUUUGUCCUUGUACAAGCUAAACAUAACGAAUCGCUGCGUGAAUGGUUCCUUCAGACACUCGCCUCCUCCACCAGCAGCGCUGCGUCUCGUCAGUGUUAACGGAGCAGAGCUAUGCAGAGACUCCAGCGUUCGCUGUGUGGUUGGUUCUGGUGACGUGGCUGAUUACCGACAUGUCUGUAAGCUGUCAGCAUCUCUGUAUAUAGCGGCUGGAACCAGUCGGGUCCAUUCUGCCUUCCAUUAAAACCAGGACACCUUUUGUAAACGCGGGACUCUGCUGCUGCAGAAGACUCGUUUUCAUUGUAAAUUAUGUGUAAUCUUGUGUCAUAACUUCAUAAAGUGAUGCCGUUCUGGUGGAGUCCUGCCUCCUGAGCUUUCUGAUUAA